AUGGCCGCCGCCGCCGUCGCUGUGCCGUCGGCCGUGCCGCAGCUGGCGCACGCCUCGACGUCAAGCUCGGCGCCGGCGCACACCGCAGCGCACUACUCGCGCACCGCGCGCACCCAGCUCUUCGUGCACGCCGCCGGCAGCACGCCGAGCCUCGUAGUGCGCGGCGCAGACCAUGCGGCCGUGCACGCCCUCGCCUUUCCUGAGGCGCAGCAGCGCGACGCUGUGCUGGAUGCACUGGCGUGCGGCGAGGGCGGCGGCGAGGUCGGGCCACUGAUCGUCGCGGCACUGCGGCAGCACAUCGCCGUCUGGACACGCACGGGCACUGGACUGUGGAAGCAGCACUCGGCCUUUGAGCUUGCGCAGGACGAGGACGGCGAAGCGACGGCGCUGGAUCUGCGCGAAGGCAAGCUGCUCGUCGGCGCCCAGCGUUCCAUCUCGCUCUGGACACUCGACGAGAGCUCGCCGCUGCAGCCAUGGCGUAGGGUAUGGCGGCGUCGCUGUCCUCAGCCCAUCCUGGCAGCCCGCUGGAGCCCGGACGGCGUCGUCUUCGCCGCUGCGACGCGCGACGAUGAUCGGGUCCUGCUGUGGGCCUGCAGCGGCAAGGCCGAUGAGCGGCCCCGUCCGCGCCUGCGCGCCGAGCUGACGCACUUGCGCCCGUUGCGGAGCUUUGCGUGGCGCCAGGCGCCGGACAGCUCUGGACAGACCGAGGCGCUUCUCACCACCACGACCGACGGCACGAUCCGUCUUUGGGCGCCGGUGAUCGAUACUCCCGGCCAGCCGCGGCUCUGGGCGGCCAUGUGUCCCUCAGCCAUGGGAGGCGCCGAGCCGUCGUACCUCGCAGCAAAGCACGUGGCCGGCGCGCUCGAGGCGACAAAGGCGGCGUACGCGCGCCAGACGGAACUGGCGGCCGUGGGCUUGCGCACCGACACGCAGCGCGAGGCAGAGAUGAGAGAGGGAGCAGUGCGCAGACUCGAGGCGGUCGGAGAGGCGCCGGAUCUCUUCCUCGGCCUCUCGAAUGGCAACCUGACGCUCAAGGCGCUCGCUAACGUCGAUCGAGCACCGCCGACGCUGCACAGCAUCUACACGGUGCUCAGCACGCCGUCCAGUCUGCCCGUGCUGCCCGCCUCGCUCGAGCCGCUGGCCGUGCCGUCAGGCGCUGAGCCUUCGGCGCCCGCUGCAGUUCUGCGUCUACAGCACGCCAGCUACACUCUGGCGCCCGCUGCAUUCUUCGAGGGCUCAGGCGGGCUGCAUGCAUGCGCACCGGCGCAAGUGCCGCACACGAAGCUCAUUGAAGGAUUGCUCAGCGCUCCCGGCCACGGGCGAGUCGCUAGCGUGGCGCAGGACGAAGGUCGCAUCUGGUCCGCCUGCAAGCGUGGCUCACAGCGAGGCUUGCAGAGCUGCGAGGCGAAAGGCGGCCGCAUCGUCGCUCUCGCCGAAGACUCGUACGCAACGCACGACGGCGACUGUGUGACGCUGCAUCGCCGCGAUGGCAGCUCCACGUCGCAUGCGAUGCCGCAAGAUGCUUCUCUCGCAGCCGUGUUGCUUGGCAGCGAGGCCCCGAUUCUCGUCACUUCAGAAGCGAGCGUCCUGCAAGGCAGCAGCUCGCAUCAACUUGCAGUCAAGAGCGCGCCGCGGCUCGUGUUUGCCUCGACUGCGACCAUCUUCACGCUCGGCGUCGACGGCACACUAGAGAGCUGGACGCGCAGAGAGAGCAACUGGACUCGCUCCUCGCGCCUCGAGUGUGCUGCCAGUCAAGUGCGCCAUGCGCGGGCUUCCGAAUUGAGCCUUGUUGCGCUGGCGUCAACGAGCAGCGCGGGCAACGCGCAGGUGACCAUCUGGGACACUCGAGCGUCUGCCUUUUCUUCUGGCCUGGAGCACGCACAGGACUGGCCCGCCGACAUCUGCGCACUGGCCUGGGCGCCCGAGAGCUUUGCGUCGCUGCUUGCCGUUGCGACGCAGACGAGCGUGACGCUGCUUGCGCCACGCCGACGAGGCAUCAACGAAGAUGUCCGGCGCAUCGGCGCGGCGCGCUGGGAGGCACUGGCUCAGGUCGAGCUGGGCGCACUGGCAUGCGAGCCUAUCGUCGACGUCGAGUGGCUUGCCAAUGGCCAGCUGCUGGUCGCUACCCAGGCAGAGAUCCAUGCAUACGGGCCUUACCUCACACCCAGCGGCGCGCAAGCAGAGGGUGAUGUCGCUCCCGCAAGGCCGCGACAUAUCGCCGAGCUUGCGGCCAAGCAGAGCGGCCCAUUGUCCGACUUCCACCCUCUGAUGCUCUGGCAGCUGCUGCAGUGGAAUCGCCUCGACGUCGCAAAGAUGGUCGUCGUGCUGCUCGCCAAGGCCGCGCAGGCGAACGAGGACGCCGCACCGCUGCGGCCAGACAGCUUGCCGGUCGAUGUGUACCUCGACGAACUGAGCGGCUCAACGCAGCCAGAGCGUGCGGCGCAGGGACAGCCUCUGUUUGAUGAGACUGCCGAGGCGCAGGCCAGCGACGCCCUCGAGUACUCGUCGGGCUUGAUGGCAGACCUCAUCACGACGCUCGAGAGCACGACCGUCGGCGACCUCGACGCGGCUGAGCUUGCACAGCUGCGUGUGCUGCUGCGCACCAUCGACGAGGUCAACGAGCAACGACGCUCGCUCGACGACAACGGUCUUCGGUACCUCGUUGCGCUGCGCUGCUUCGUCAACCAGCCCACAAGCGAUCCUCUCGCGCGGCUCAAGUACCGCGACAUGCUGUGGGCGUACCACAGCACCAGUCAAGAGGUGCUGCAAGGCGCCCUGACGCAGGCGUAUGACGGCCAGCUGACGUGGGAUGCGGCGCGCGCCUCGGGCAUCUUCAUGUGGCUGCGCUCGCACUCCGAGCUACGCGCCGUGGCGGAGCAAGUGGCGCGCGCUCAGUACAUGUCGGGCAACGACCGUGAUCCGGUCAAGUGCAGUCUCUUCUACUACGCUCUCGGCAAGCAUCGCCUGGUGCAGAACCUCUGGAGACAGGCAGCCUGGCAUCCAGAACAGCAGAAGAUGCUCGCGUUCCUCGCCAAGGACUUUAGCGAGGAACGCUGGCGCACUGCGGCGCUCAAGAAUGCCUUUGCGCUGCUCAGCCAGCGCCGCUUUGACUUCGCGGCCACAUUCUUCAUGCUGGGCGACAGCCUGCGCGACGCCGUCAACGUCUGCGUCCGCAACCUAGACGACCUGCCCCUGGCCCUCGCCCUCGCACGCGUGCGCGAAGGCAGCGACGACGGGCCCGUGUUCAGCGAACUGCUGCGCAAGCGCGUGCUGCCGCUCGCGUUCGAGCAGGGCUACCGCUGGCUCGCCAGCUGGGCCUUCUGGCUGCUCAAGCGCCGCGAUCUCGCCGUGCGCGUCAUCCUGGUUCCCUUCACCGAGCUGCUGGCCGAUGCCGACGUUGCAGAGAUGAUGCCGGCCGACGCCAAGGCGGGCGACGGGCACUACGCCGAUGCGUCGCUGGCGAUCCUCUUCGGCCAGUUGAAGCACAAGUCCCUGCAGACUCUGCGCGGCACGGCGACCAUCUCCGAGCAGCUCGAGCGCGACUUUGUGCUGCACAUCAACCGCGUGCUGCGCAGUCAAGGCUGCCAUGCUCUCGGCCUGGCGCUGCUGCGCAAUUGGUCCUUCGACGCGCCGGAUCUGGGCUCUGCAGCAGCGCCGCCAUCCUCGACGGUGCUUGCGCCGCCGUCGGCAGCCGCCGCGAGCUCGGACAUUGCGGCCGACUUGUUCAGCGCGCUCUACAUCGAGACGCCCAGCAGCGAGGCGCCGAUGUCUCGCUCGCCGCCUGCGAGUCCGACUGCGGUGCGCCGGCGCAGCAGUCUGAUGCGCCGAGCGUCGCGCGUCAUUGAUGACUCGGAGCUUGUGGCACAGAGCUUGCGCGCGCCGCAGGCCGCCGUGCGCGAGGAGCCUGCGGCAGUUGCGACGGUCAAGGCAGAGCCGACGGUCGAGGAGGAGCAGCCGAGCAAGCCGGCGCCGGCGCCUCCGCCGCGCUUGCCGACGAUGCUCAAGUCGAGCAAUGCCGCGACGCAGCAGCAGGGAGCGCAGGAGUUCUCCUUCGACUCGUUUGGCUUCUGA